UAUAUUUCCCAGAACAAGAUCUCGUUGCUAAGACAUCACAAUGGUUUACAAACAUGUCGGCUUCAUAAUCUGAGAUGAACCAAAUGGCUUCUGUGGUUAAUAUGAUCUUUUUACGUUCAGUGUUACUGUUCACGUCCUUGGCUCACACUCAAAACACCGUGGUUUUCCAGCCGUCAUAUCUCACUACAACCGGAACAAGUGUCACUGCACUCCUGUUGGGAAACACGGAGGAUGUCUCUGUGUAUGUGACGACUGUCUCUCCCUCCAACACAACAGGAAGCAUUGGUCCUUCAUCAUGUGAAGCUGAGGCAACACAGUGGACGCUCACAAUGGAGCAGGUGGGAAAGACUUACAUUCAGUUUCAGCUGAGACUGGAUAGAAGUCUGCUUCUGUGUGGUGAGAAUGAGACAGAAACAGACUGCUGUCCAAAGCCACUCUGUGUCCUGGAGACCCUUCAGGUAUCUGCGUGUGUGGGCAGCACACCUCAGGCCUCAAUGCUGAUCCAGGCCAAGAUACAUGCCCUGUUGGUCCCUACAAAUGCUGUGUCUGAAAACUCAACAGUCAUUCCAAACCAAGUGUACCAACCACUAGGCUCUUGUCCCUGUGACCUCACCUUCAGAGCGUGUGAUGUACGCUGUUGCUGUGACAUGGACUGCUCCUCUGAAGAUUUGAAGCUGUUUGUGUCACACUGCCUCCCAGGGCCCUUUGGUGGGCAGCUCUCUACUAAUCCAGAUUAUCAGUGCUCGGUGCAGUCCUCUGAAAACUCCCCAGAUUGGUUUCCAUUUUUAUGUGUUAAUUCUCCUCCUGAAAACAACCCUUACCUUGGGCUAUUUUACCAGGGAGACACAAUUCCAUUUAAGCCUGGUCCAUCUUUCCAAAUGCCUGCCUUGUCAGCUCCAGUGCCAGUUAUUUCUUAUAUUCAAGGAAGUCCAAUUUUCACGUUAAAUGACCAGUUCUUCACUAUUCCCCAGAUGGUGCUUGGGCGAUGUGUGAACAAUGCCCCUGUAGCAUUUUUGAACAAUUUUGAAGUCAACUGUGUAACUCUGCUCCGCUCCUGUCCAACUGCACCUCCUCUACAAACACAAGCAGAGGAUUUGAUGAUUCAAGUGAAGAAUGGCCAAGGAGGUGAUGUCAUGGUUGAUGUUAUUGAUGAAGUGGCUGUUGACUUGAGUCCGUUUAUUUCAAGCACAGAUGCUGUUGCCUCUUUGGAUAACGGUCUGGUAUGUGAGAAUGUGACCUUAGCCCUUUACUACAAAUUCUACUGGAAAGAAAAUGGCAUCACAAGUAUUACAAUGACACGCACUGUUGGGACCAUCACUCUAAGUAAAAGUGUGGCGUUAACUACGAGGUAUUCUGCUGAGUUUCUGAAUGGAGAAUUCCCAGGCGAACGUAACUCAGGGAACCCAGGUUACCAGGUUGGAAGACCUGUCAUUGCUGGAGAUCUGGACCUGUUGGAUAAUAACACAGGCUCAAUACAAAGAACAUUGAUCAAUCUGUGGAAGCCAGUAAGUGAUGGACUCUGUUCUACUGUGGAAACAAAACCAAUUCUGUUUGGAGAGAAUUCAACAUCAGGAUGUCUGCUACAUGUCAGCAGACAGAAUCUGACUCAGUGCAGUCUCCUGAGAGAGACUGUUACUUCUCUUCAGUCAGCUUUGGUCACAGCAAUGUAUGUAGCCAAGAGAGGUAAUCCUGACCCUCUGAUGUUGACAGACUGGGUGAACAUAAGCUAUAUUACACAAAACUCAAGCACACUUAUGGAAGACAGCCCGGGUUCAUGCUAUGGGAUCCCCUCUCAUCAGCAUAUACAUGUUUGGAGUCUUAUCACUGGCACGAAAGAUGGAAUACCUCAAAGAGAUAUCCUUUCGUUGCAAGUCAACUUCAGCCUGUCUUCCUGGGCGCUGGAUUGUGGAGGAGGGGAUGCCUCUCCAUGUGUUGAUAUGAUGGAGACUCAGCUGUUCCCUAUCACCUCCUCAGUCACUUUUAUUAACAUCCCUAUCAACACAGGACCGCCAAAAACCAGGUUUCAGAUCAACUUCACUGAGUAUGACUGUAAUAGGAACGAUGUAUGUUGGCCUGAACUCGCCUUCCCUAUCACCAAGUAUUAUACAGGUGAGCCAUAUUCACAGUCACUGGCAAAGGGCCUCAUCUUGGUUUUCUUCUUCAUCACUGCCUCGAUCCUUGGAACUCCGUGGAGACAAAUCCGACAGGCAUGGAACUGACCCACACACUAAAACUCAGUGAUUUGUUACAAAUGCUUUGUUUUUAUACAGUUUUACAUGCUUAUAAUAUAUUUUAAAAAAUGUAAAUAGUUUUGUUUGUGUAGCAUUUUAUAAUAAAGAUACUUUUUAUAUAAAA